AUGAAUAAUUUUAAUAAAUAUUCAAAUUAUUCAAUUAGAUUAGAUACUGUUUUAUCUAUGAAACUGAUUUUACAACCAAUAGAACUGAAUAAUCAUCCUCUACAAACUUUGUUAAGACAAUCAAUGGCAUUUUGCCUUAAGUCGAAACUUGAAGAUAAUUUAAAUUUCCUCGCUUGUUAUAAAACGUUACUUUAUGUCGAAUGUCGAAACGAAGUAAAUCCAUGUAUUGUUCUAAGUUGGCCUGGCCACCAAAGUUUAUUUGAAAAAGUUUUUAAUUAG